GCUGCGGCCACUUGGUUUACGUCAUCAAAACAGUCCUCUAAUUUUCCGGCCAUUCACUAGAGGCGCCAGUGUCGAAUUUUUAAAAAUGGCGCUUAUAACCACGUGUUUCUCAACCAAUCACCAGUACUAGCUUAUUACUACCACGUGCCGAAUUCUCCAUGCUCAUUUCCUGAGCUCACUUUUAUUUGAAAUCUCGGGUUCUGAGGUUGUGUUCACGUGAGUGUUCUGUGGUGUUCAUUGUGUUUAUUUAUUUAUUUAUUUAUCUACAAAUUUGCGAUAAAUAAUUGUAUCAUUCCGUGUGGGAAUUAGUUUUACUACGUAUUAUUAUGUAUAAUAAAAGCCGUAAGUGUUGUGUACCUGGAUGCAGAUUUGAAGGUACUGAACGUUUUCGUUUGCCAAAUCCUCGCAAGGAGGAAGCAAUGUUACGAACAUGGAUCAGCAUUAUCGGCGGCGAUCUUUUGCAAAUGUCGUUGGAAGAUAUUUACAACAAGAAAAGAAUUUGUAAGUGUCAUUUUACUGACAAUUAUUUUAAUCCAGGGUGCAAGGGUCUUUUACGAACAGCUGUACCAACUUUGUAUGUCCCAAUGUGCAUGAAAGACACCGAAAAACGUACUUUUGAUGAUGCCUUUGUGGAAGAAUCAUCAUUUUCCGUGUGUACUCCUUCAGCAAAGAAAAUUGCUACCGAUGUUACAGUGGACAUUGUAGAUCCUAAUUUGGAAAAUGCUGCUGUAGAUAUGUCCCCUGCCCCCACGACUCCCACAAAAAAUCAAGAAUUGCAAGGCUUGUUGAAAAGUGUCGGUGUUAAUAAAGCUAUUCAUUUGACACCAAAAGCAUCAACUUUGUACCAGGCAGCUACAUCGUUGAAGAGAAAAGUACAAUAUUUGCACAAAAAAUGCAGGGGUUUCAAAAGCAGGCUAGCAGCAGCUACAAAGCUUUCAGAAAGUGAAGCUUUUCAAAGAGUUGCUAGCAAUAUGUCGGUAGCUGCAAAAUUAUUUACCAACCUGCAGAUGAGAGAAACUCACAAAAAAUCCAGGGGAAGGCGAUUUAGUCUCGAGGAAAAAAUUUUAUCACUGACAAUGUAUAAACAAAGUCCUAAGGCAUAUCGUUUAUUGCAGAAGCUUAAAAUUUAAGCAGCCGUUAGCGUAUACAUUUACGGAAGGCCCAACUAAGACUCCAGAUCUCAUGAGGAUGAUAAAAGAAGUGGUACGUGAAGUUAGAAAAACAGGUCUGAAUAUUAUUUGCACUAUAUGUGACCAAGGAACUUCCAAUGAAUCUGCAAUAAAAAAAUUAUUAAAAUCAACCGAAGAAGAGUAUAUACGGAAGGGUGAUGAAUGGAGAGGAUUGUCAUUUGAAAUUGACAGCAUUCCUAUUAUACCCUUGUUUGAUCCUCCUCAUUUACUUAAGGGAAUAAGAAAUCAUUUGCUGGAGAAGGAUCUGGUAUGUACAAUUGGUGGGAAAAAGUUAGUGGCGAAAUGGGUGCAUUUGCAACAAUUAUUUGAAGCUGACCCAGGAGCAGACAAUAUUAGAGUGCUGCCAAAGUUGUCAGCAACACAUGUCCAACAUGAAAAAAUCAAGAAGAUGAAAGUCAAACUGGCCGCACAGGUAUUCAGUCAACGAGUAUCAGCUAUAAUGCGAAAGUUUGCAUGUAAGUUUACCUCACCUAAUUCCUUUUCAUUUUUGAAAAUAUAUAUUUUGAAAACAAAUUUUCGAGAGGAUCUUGAUUCAAUAUUCUUGUUUGCAAAACUUCACGAGUCGUCCAAAUAAGUCUAAUUCCACGAAUGAUAUUCAACAAAAUCUUCUUUAAAAGGCAUAGUUGUUUUAAACUGAUUGCGUAGUUAUUUUUUCAUUUUAUCCCAAAAUUCAAAAUGAGAAGAUUUCUUAGUUAAAUUACAUAUUGACUGGAUUACAAUGAUUUUUGCACAAUAG